UUAAGUUACAUGAGUAUUAGCGUAGCAUCAAAUAAAACAGACAGCCACCGCGCCCAAUACGAAAGGAUUUUAAUAAUAAUGACCAACACUGAUAACCUGAUUACUGACCAUCUUUAAUAACAAUCAUCUCGAAAUUCAAGAUAUAUUUUGUUUGUAGUCAUAGGGACCAAUCUUAAUAUUUACUUGCGCAUCCUAGGUCAGCUCAGCCACAGAACAAAUCGAGUGUUAUAGGACAUUCGUAGGUGGUGUGGUGAGUUAAUCUGAAAUGAAAAAAAGUAUUUCGUUUCUAUCCCAUGAAGCAUGGCUGCCUACUAGCAACUCCAUAACUUCCUCAAUUCACUCAAACUGUUUAAUAUCAUCAAUCACUAAACCUAUAUGAAGAAUGAUCAUUGCGUUUUUUUUUGCUGGCCUAAUCAGCCGCGUUAUUGCACUUCAUCUUGAAACACUGCUCAUCCUUUUUCGAAGCCAACUGCCCUUACUCCAUUGUCUAAUCUGACAUGUUGACCUGAUUUGUUUGUUAGACAAACAUGCGACUGGCGCUAAAAGAACACGCAGCUACCCGUCUAUGAAGCGUAUUCUGUACAGGGUCCAAUAUAGACUUGUUUUUUACCAACGCUUCUGGCACCUUUUUGAACCUUGUAUGGUCAGAUGCAUCUAUCUACGUGAUAUGACUGAACAGUGUAAAAAAGUGGGCAAGAAUAAAGGCGAAAGUGGGCAUUGCAAAGAGUUUCAUUGACUCUCGUAUAUUGCAUUUUCGGGUUUGCUAUACUAAGCAACAGGAACAACAACUGGGUUCGCACGUACGCAUUUAGAUAAUUUGUGAUACCUAUUUUCUAGACAGACGUGAAAGUACCCUCUUAUUCUAUGCAAAACGCUUCAGCUUUCCUGCAGAUCUUUGGCUGCUGCUAUAAAAAAGCGGAUGCAAGUCAUUUUGCCACGUUGCCUUGGCAAGCACAAUAGUGAACUGCUUCUCAUAACUAUCCGAACCCCCGGACCCAACGAUGCAAGAUCUCGUGUGAAGUCGAGGAUCGAAAGAUCUUGUAUCGAAAACUGAACGACAUUCAUUACAUGGACUCAAUGAAGGAUCCCGUUGUCGAAACUGCCUUUGGAAAACAUCGUUCGAGGACCAAAAUUCGCUGGGGUAAAUGACUAACGAGAAGGCAGUAACGUAUUAUUCGUUGACGAUACGUUCCAAGUAAGCCUCGUACUUUGAAGAUGAAAUACGACUGAUCAUGGCUUAGACAGUGCGAGGUAGUGUUCUAACGAUUGAAGCUAUUGCUUCAAUUAAUGAUUACCAGGUGCUGCACUCAUAUCCACGUCUACGUCAAGACGAUAUUAACUUCUUCGAAAGCAUCUCCUCGCGUAUCGUGUACGACACGAUGAAGAUGUCAGAGCACCAUACUACAAUCAUGGUGACGACUGGGCUGCUUAUGUACUUCCUAUGGAUGGAUGUGGCGCUCUAUUACAGGAUACAGAGCUUACCUCCACCGACACCCGCAUCCCCGAUUACGGACACAUCAACGGUUCAAACUUCGAAGGGAGCACCGCCAAAAUUAUUCUCGCCUUUCAUAGGUCUGUCUGUGAAGAUGAUGAUGUUGGAUCAGGUGAACAACUACAUUCAUACUCCGUUGGCGCAAAUCUUCAACCGAAUGACAGACUUCGCGAAGGUAUUCCACUUCAUAACACCGAACAUGAUCUCGUUUAUGGGCUUCCUCUCGGCCUGCGUUGCUGCCAAACUUAUUAUGUGUGAUUCUCUGAGCAUGCAUCGAUUGGCCAUAUUCAUGUUCUGUCUUCGGACGUGGUUCGACGCUCUGGACGGCCUCGUAGCUAGAGAAAGACAGCAUAUUGCAGCAUUCGUGUCGCUGCGUGAUACCUCUGGCUAUAUAGUUGACGGUGUCGCUGAUGCCUGCGGCUUCAGCGUGUUCCUCAUUGGUUGUUUUUUCUACUUGAAACGGAAGCUGCCAUCGACCAAAAUCUACUUGCCAAUGAGCCGUGGCGAUCACGAUAAGAGUCGACCAGCCAAUUAUAUGCCGUUCUCCACGCGACGUAUCGCGAUUGUCGUAGGCUGUUUCGGUCUGCAAUUGGCUGUUAGUUGCAUCUUUUGGGAUCAUUACAUUAGCGAGUAUCACAAUAUACUUGAGGUACCAUCGUCAAGUAUUAAUCCGCACGAACAGCAGGAAGUUCUGCGUUCGUCCCUCAUGUGGAUUGUCAUGUGGUUUUGGCGAGUGUCGAACGCCCACUCCCUAAUGCAUAUUUUUCUCUGGUUCAUCUCCACGGACCGGAUGUGGGACUUCGUACUCAUGAUACAAUGGAUUGGUAUGGCGUGGCUCGCAGUGUUGAUAGGUUUCACUGAGUUACACUUACGAAGUGUUAUAAGUUACCUUCACUAGGAGUAUGCCAAUGUGGUUAGGUGUCCCAGAGAACGCCGGUCUGACGUUGACGGAUAUUGACCACAGAUAUAG